GAGCCCGAUCGUACGGGCCGGUUUGCGACAAACGAAAUCACGUCAAGUUACAACUCGCUUCAACCGCGAUGAUAAGCUAACGGUUCUUUGUGUUGUUUGGUACUGCUUCGUUACCUCAGCUGGUUUUGGUUUUUUUUACUGAAUACUAAAAUUGAUAUCCCAUACAUCGAUACCGAUAUUGACGUAAAUUUUUCGAAUGUAUCUAAAUCAGAGCAAAUUUGAACGUGGCGUAAUAUGCUAAUGGAGAAAUGUUUACACAAUGGGGACCUGCGUACUCUAGGAAGAUGCUUAUAUGGCUACUGCUGACAUGCGUGAUAAUUGGUGAGCAACAGUUCGAAACGGUAGCCGACAGCAACACGACCGAAGCUCAUCUCUGGAACAGUGACCAUGACUAUGAAUAUGUUCCCGAGUGGUUCCCGUCGAAUCGAACCCUGGGCUCAGUGUCCGCAGUGGCAUUCGAUGCAUCCGGAAAUAUAGUGGUAUUCCACCGUGGAUCACACGUCUGGGAUAUAAAUUCGUUCGAUCAACAGAAUCGAUAUCUUCCCAUCAGUAGGGGCCCGAUUGUUGAAUCGACGCUGUUGGUUGUCAAUAAUCAAACUGGAACAGUCAUCAAUGAAUGGGGUUCUAAUUUUUUCUACAUGCCACAUGGACUUACCAUCGAUCGGAACGACAGCUACUGGAUCACAGACGUAGCCAUGCAUCAGGUAUUCAAAUUCAAUCCCACAGUUUCUACCACGGAGCCGGCACUAGCCCUCGGUCGUGCUUUUCAACCGGGAAGUGACAUUCACAGUUUUUGCAAACCUACUUCGGUUGCCGUUCUGGACAAUGGAGAUUUCUUCGUAGCCGACGGUUACUGCAAUGGGAGAAUAAUGAAAUAUUCAUCGGAUGGGCGCUUGGUACUGAGUUGGGGGAAAAAUUCGUUCGUUUUAACAAUAAGCUAUAAGCUACCGAAGGGACCCAUACCGGAGAACUUCUUUGCCAUCCCUCAUGCAUUGACAUACGCUGCCGAUAAGGACAUUCUGUGUGUAGCUGAUCGAGAGCAAGGCCGAGUGCAAUGCUUCAACGCCAAGGACGGAACAUUCCAUUCGAUGUACAGUCAUCCACAAAUCGGGAGCCGUAUAUUCAGUGUCAAGUAUUCUCCUAUGAAUGGUGGAGUACUCUAUAUUAUUAAUGGUCCACAAUUCACUAACGGAACGCGACCAAUCCAAGGGUUUAUCCUAUCGAUGCAGAGCAAUCAAAUCAUCGCUCGAUUCUUCCCGAACAAUCCACAACUGGCAUUCAGUAACCCUCACGAACUUGCCGUCAGUGAAAAUGGAAACCAAAUCUACGUUGCCGAGCUAUCGCCGACGGUAGUUCACAAAUUCAAACGGAAAAACGUCGUCCAACGGUUUUCGCAACAGUCACAGUCGCCUUUGUCCAGUGAAAUGUUUCCCGUUGCAACCGAUUCGAAGACAAUGGAGGAAAACCCCUACACCAGCACGCUGAUGAUCGUAUCCAUUGUCGGUAGCUUACUGACCACCAGCUGUCUAUUAUUUUGCGUUUGGCGCACGAUCUGUCCCAGCUCGACUGUUUCCGGCAGGAGGCCACGGUUUUCAACAGCCGUCGAAAAUAUUUCACUCCGAAAUUUGAAUCACUCAGAACAGGAACUGAGAGAAACCGUGUAAAAAUAUGUGCUGUUCGUGUAUAAACUUGCAACGUGAAAAGCCGCCCAAUGAUAACCUUUACUGUGAUUGAUAAUGUCUUGAAUAAAUUAUGCUGCCGAAAGUAAA